CUCUCUCACAACCCCACUUUAGUUACGUUGUUUCUUCCAUGCAUAACAAUAUGGCAAGAUUAAAUAACCCUAGCAUUUUAGUUACAAUCAUUUUGUUUCUAUUAGUAACAUUACCAUUUGCCUCAUGUGAAUCAGAGUGCUCGUCCAAAUAUGAAGGUGUAUGUCACAACAAAAAUGAAGCACUAAAGCUAAAAUUAAUUGCAAUAUUUUCCAUAUUAGUGACGAGCAUGAUUGGAAUUUGUAUUCCAAUUUUCACAACUUCGAUCCCAGCAUUAAAACCCGACGGAGAUUUAUUCGUGAUCAUUAAGGCUUUUGCCUCCGGUGUUAUACUCGCUACCGGUUACAUGCACGUGAUGCCAGAUUCAUUUCAGGAUCUAAAUUCUCCUUGUUUGCCUGAACGGCCUUGGAAAAAAUUUCCAUUCACCACUUUUAUUGCUAUGGUGUCUGCUGUUUUUACUCUCAUGGUUGAUUCUUUUUCUAUAAGUUUCUUUAAGAAGAAACUUUCUGCGUCUUCUUCUAGUAAUUUAGAAGCUGGUUCUGAGACAAAGGAACCGGAACAAAUUGGUCAUGGUCAUGGUCAUGGUCUUGUGGUUGCAAAUGGACAUGAAAAGAAUGUAAAUGCUGAACAAUUGAUGCGUUACCGUGUUGUGGCUCAGGUUUUGGAGUUAGGAAUUGUGGUGCACUCUGUAGUGAUUGGUUUGUCAUUGGGUGCUUCAGAGAACCAUUGCACCAUAAGGCCUCUCAUUGCUGCACUUUGCUUCCAUCAACUCUUUGAAGGAAUGGGUUUGGGUGGUUGCAUACUUCAGGCUGAUUAUGGAACGAAGAUGAAAUCGACAAUGAUAUUCUUCUUUUCAGCGACGACGCCGUUUGGAAUAGCAUUGGGGAUUGGUUUAUCAAAAGUGUAUAGUAACACUAGUCCAACUGCACUCAUUGUAGAAGGGGUUCUAAAUGCUAUGUCUGCAGGGCUUUUAAAUUAUAUGGCACUUGUUGAUUUAUUGGCUAAUGAUUUUAUGGGUGCAAAGUUGCAAAGUAGAAUGAAGCUUCAAAUAUGGUCUUACGUCGCUGUUUUGCUAGGUGCAGGAGGCAUGUCGGUAAUGGCACUUUGGGCGUAA